AUGUCGCUGAGACCCAAUGCUCGCGCCGAGGUCCGCCGCAACCGCUUCAAGGUGGCCGUGGACGCCGAGGAGGGGCGGCGGCGGAGGGAGGACAACAUGGUCGAGAUUCGGAAGAACCGCCGUGAGGAGAACCUCCAGAAGAAGCGCCGCGAGGGUGUCCAGCAGUUUUCUGUUCCUGUCGAAGCCACCACCGGAAUUGAUAACAAGGUGCAGUUAGAAAAUCUACCAUCAAUGGUCGUGAGUGUUUGGACAGAUGAUCCCAACAGCCAGCUUGAGGCAACCACCCAAUUCCGGAAAUUGCUAUCUAUAGAGCGUAGUCCGCCAAUUCAGGAGGUGAUUCAAGCAGGUGUUGUUCCUCGCUUUGUUGAAUUUUUGAUGAGGGAGGAAUUCCCACAACUUCAGUUUGAGGCAGCUUGGGCUCUGACUAAUAUCGCUUCUGGCACAUCUGAGCACACUAAGGUAGUAAUUGAUCAUGGAGCAGUCCCAAUAUUUGUGAAGCUUCUUGCUUCUCCAAGUGAUGACGUUCGUGAGCAGGCUGUAUGGGCUUUGGGAAAUGUGGCGGGUGAUUCUCCAAAUUGUCGUGACCUUGUGCUUGGUCUUGGAGCCUUGGGUCCUUUGCUAUCUCAGUUGAAUGAGCAUGCCAAAUUAUCUAUGCUCAGAAAUGCUACCUGGACACUGUCUAACUUCUGCAGAGGCAAGCCACAGCCUGCGUUUGAACAGACGAGGCCUGCACUUCCAGUUCUCCAGAAACUUAUUUACUCAAGUGAUGAAGAAGUUCUGACUGAUGCUUGUUGGGCACUUUCAUAUCUUUCUGAUGGAACCAAUGAUAAAAUUCAAGCUGUGAUUGGCUCUGGAGUAUGCCCUCGCUUAGUCGAGUUGUUGCUUCAUCCAUCACCAUCCGUUCUUAUUCCCGCCCUUCGGACUGUUGGAAAUAUUGUCACUGGAGAUGAUAUACAAACUCAGGAUAUUAUCGACAAUAAUGCACUGCCCCGUCUCCUGAACCUCUUGAGUGGAGCUCAUAAGAAGAGCAUUAAAAAGGAAGCCUGCUGGACUAUUUCCAAUAUCACGGCUGGAAACAAGGAUCAAAUUCAGUCCGUAAUCGUGGCCAACAUUAUUGGACCAUUAGUCCAGUUGCUUCUGACCGCCGAAUUCGAUGUCAAAAAGGAGGCUGCUUGGGCAAUAUCAAACGCAACAUCUGGUGGCACUCACGAGCAAAUCAAGUACCUCGUGAGCCAACAAUGUAUCAAGCCCUUGUGUGACCUUCUCGUUUGCCCGGACCCGAGGAUAGUAACCGUGUGCUUAGAGGGGCUCGAAAACAUUCUGAAGGUGGGCGAGGCGGAGAAGAAUCUGGGCCACACAGGAGAUGCCAACCUCUACGCGCAGAUGAUCGACGAUGCUGAUGGGCUCGAGAAAAUCGAGAACCUUCAGAGUCACGACAAUACCGAGAUUUACGAGAAGGCUGUCAAGAUUCUCGAGACAUACUGGUUGGAGGAGGAUGACGAGCCGGCGCCACCUGGCAGCAGCGAGCAGGGUUUCCAGUUUGGAGGUGCCGAGGUCUCUGUCCCCACCGGUGGUUUCAGCUUCAACUAA